AUGCUUUCCGGGUCCUCGAAUGCCAGCGAGGAGACCAUCCUCAAGGGUUUUGCACUCGACGGUCUUAGCUCCACGCAGCUUACCGAACUGGGUGACUGGAUGAAGUUCUACUCGAGGAAGUACCGUUGUGUUGGCUACAUUCCUGGACCCUACUUUUCACCCAUGGGCGAAGCCUCUGACUACCUCAAACAACUGGUGGCCCUGUGGAACCGCCGGGACGUCGAGCAUGCGGACCUUGCCGACCUCUUCCCGCCCUGCAGUUCAUUCUUCGAUGGAAAGUUUCUCACCCUGAGAUGCAAUUCUGAUCUUGGCUGGGAGACUCCUUGCCUCUACAAGCUAAAAUGCGAGUCCCUGGCAGUAAUUGAAAAGAAGUAA